AGCAAGACUGACACACACACGCACACACACACACACACACACUCGGCCUCACACCUCUGUUAUCUCACCCGGGUCGUGUGUGUGUGUGUGUGUGAAUGUCCCCGUCCUGUCCGUCUCCUCGGGACACUGAGACAAUGCAGCAGGCAGCUGUCCACCCGGACCUGUGACAUGGAGAAGACCUCAGCUGAAGAUGACUGCGUGGAUUCAGGAGCCGAGACUGGAGGCCGUUAGACAAAGAUGUGCCUCAGUUUCUCCUCUGGUCUGAUUACAGUCCCCUGUCCUCAACCAGCAGCGAAUUAUCCAUGGGUGAGCUCCAGGAUCCCUUCCUCGUCAGCGUCCACCUCAUCGCCGACCCCGGCCAGGGCAAGUUCCUGCAGCGUGCUGCCGAUGCUGUGCUGGCGUGGGUUCACCCUGAGCUGCAGCUCUUCCGGGUCUCAGAGCGGGCCUCUGUCUCCCGGCCCAAGCACCAUCAAAAUGGCAGCCCGGUUGCAGCCUGCCAGCCGGCCCUGGCGGUCAUCCUCUUCCUCCAGGAGGCGUACGGUGGCGAGGAGCAGAUUCUGAUGCUGCACCACGCUCUGCAGAGGCCGCCUUGGCGCUACCACCACACUGAAAAAGUCAGCAAUGGCCGGCGGAUGUUACCGCUGACACCAUGCAGUCAGGACUUUUUCACUCUGUCUGCUGGCACACCACUCUGGGCCGUGCGGCAGGUCCAUUAUGGGAAAGAAAUUGUGCGAUUUACUGUUUAUUGCCGACAUGAAAAUUACGCCGACAUGGUGCGGCUUUACAAGCUGCUGCUGCAGCGGAGGGUAGCGCAGAAGAAGGAGGACUUCUGCUUCUUUGUGGUGUACUCCAACCCAGAUAUGGAGAUACAGUUAUCAUUUAAGAGGCUCCCGCGAGGUCAGAGUCCGGUGGUGCUGGAGUCAGCAGUGAUGGAGGUGAGGGUACGAGACGUCGGGACGCUGGUGCCGCUGCUGCCUCACCCCUGCAGCCCAAUCAGUGAAGUCCGCUGGCAGACAGAGGACUACGAUGGAAAUAAGAUCUUGCUGCAGGUCCAAGGAGCACACUUCAAACACCAACAGGAUCCCUGCUACAUCCAUUCAUCCUCUGUCACCCAGUCAGCAUCGGCUCCAUCCACCUUCACCCGCAGCUCCGCCUCCUAUAGGAACCGUCGUCACCACCACCGGGCGAUGUCCCGUUCCAGAGUCCAGACUGCCCACAGCUCCCAAACUCUGGUCUGUGAGGAGCCGGAGGAGCAGGACCAGUGGCCUGACCAGCACCACCCGGACACCUGGAGGUCCCAGUGGAGGGGCCACCGGUCUGGCUCCCUCUUCUCUCUCCCCAACCUGGGCUCAGGCAGCUCCCGUUCCACCUGCUCCUCUCCUGGACCAUCUCCCAGCCCCCACCAUCACAGGAGCCACUCCCUCAACAGGAGCUCCUCCCUCAUCCCGCCCUUCCGCCUCAACUUGGACGCUCUGAUCGGGGCAGAGGAGACAGAUGUGGACACGGGGAACAAAGUGAACCCAAGCAGCACUGUGGACCUCACGGUGGUGUCUGCGUACAUCAAAUCCAGCCUGCCACAGACUCGGCCGUUAUCCGCGCCACCAGAAGACGUCGGCGCAUCCCUCUCUCCCAGCAUCCCAGAGAACGCCGACAGGGCCGCCACACUGGGACGGCUUCCAAACAGCUUUACCACCAGUGGCACUCCCUCCACCUUGUUUGGGUCACGUAUCCACAGCACCAGUGUGAACACAAGUGCUUCUCCGUCUCUGAGUGACGUUUCUUUAAACCAGUCUGACAGCUGCAGCGUUAUCAGUGCUCCAGUUCAAGAGGUAGACAAGGAGGAAGAAGACGACCAAGAAUUCUACAUCUGAUCUGUUACAAGCUGAGAGGACUUACUAUGGCCAGUCAUGACUCAACUCUGCCCCCUGGUGUUUGAAAGUAGAACUAAAAUUACAGUGACAGAAGGAACUGGAGCACCAACUGUAUGUGAUCUUCAUGUGUUUGUGAAUGUUGCUUUCUUUGCUUGUAGAUUUCAGCUUUAUAAAUGUCAGGUUAUAUAAAGUAAAUAUUACACAUUUAAAAAGGACCAAUCACAGAACUGUGUAUAUGCACUAUUCAAUAAAUGUUUCUCCAUCAUGUGUGCUUCACUCAGCAACAUUAAGGCAACUCUGACCUUGAUUGUCCAUUUUAUCUUAAAGCAUUUAUUCAAACUGGUUUUAUGAUUUGAGCAUCAAUUUAAUUUAUUUAUUAAAGAUAUCCAAACCUCAAGGGAAAAGCGUCAGGUUGUACCACAAACAGAAGUGGAUUAGCAAGGUAUGAUGAGUCUAAAGGUGGCUCUCUUAAGGUGGCCAAAUUGCCAUGGUAAGUUUCGGCUUGACAUUGGCUAAAAAGUGCUUUUCACUAAUUAGCUCCUUUGGAAAUGGCGUGACUCUACAGACAAUAGUCAGUCUAUGAUUUUUACAGAUAGUCAGCUAAGGGGAAUAUGUUAGAAAUGCAAACUUCUUGAGCUGUAACGUGACACCAAAUUGUGCUUACUGUAUCACGUGUUUUGCAACAGGAGCCUGGAGUCUUCGGCCCCUUUCCCACUG